UGAAUAUUGCAUAGUGUGAGAAGUUCAAGCUGAAGAGGGGAGUUGGCGACAAAGAUCUAAAAAACAGACUGACCAAAUCCCUGAGUCAAGAGUGAAUCAACAAUGAGUUCAGGAACAAACCAGGACCCUAAAGCCCCAGUGGCUAUCAAGAAAAGGUCCAGAGUCCCUGGGGUAAUGAUCACUCAGUAUGUUGAGCAACUGCCUUUAGGAAAGUCCACACCCGACUUCACUCGAAAGCCAAUGGCUACGACUGUUCAAGAAGGUAAAAAAGCAAUUUUUAAAGCCACGGUUAAUGGAGAUCCAGCACCAACUGUAACAUGGGGGCGCAAUAAAGGCGAGGUUAAUGACCCAGAAAAGUACAAAACCAGAUUCGAUGAAAGAGCACAAGAGCACAUUCUUGAGAUGCUCAGUGUGACGCCAGAUGAUGCUGACAUCUUCAAAUGCUUUGCCACCAAUGAGUAUGGAAUGGCUGUUGUCAGUGCAACUCUCAAAGUGAUCGAAGCUGGUUUCAAGAAGAAAGCCAAAGAAGCAAAUGGACAAGAACUGAAUUUCAGAUCUAUGCUAAAGAAAACUGUGGUAGUCACCAGAAAAAAACAACUUCCACCAAAAAAAGAAGGAGAAAUUGAUCCGAAGCUCUGGGAACUGCUUCUCUCUGCGCGAAAGAAAGACUAUGAAAAAAUCUGUUUGGACUUUGGUGUCACUGACUUUCGCUGGCUGCUCAAGAGACUCAACCAAAUGAAAAAAGAAAGGGAAGACGAGCAGGCAAAGGUAGUCGAGAAACUGGAAAAUGUGAAACAAAUAGAGGUAAAACCUAAUGGGAAAGCUGAAUUUAGCCUGGACAUGAAGUUAUAUGAUCCCAACAGUGCUAUCAACUUAUACAAGGAUGGGCAAAGUGUUUCAUAUGGUGAUGAUGACAAUUCAAAGCACAGCCUUCAGAAAAGUGGGACAAAGUAUGUUUUCAGUAUCAAAGAUCCUCAGCCAGAAGAUGCUGGCUUUUACCAGGUUGAUGUUGAAGAGGCAAAUGUCCUAACAACCGACUUCCAAGUGCCUGCUGUGGAGUUCAUAGCAAAGAUUAAGGAUGUGAAAGCCUUUGAAAGUGAGGAUGCCAUCUUUCAAUGUGUCCUGUCAACACCACUGAACAGAAUUACCUGGUCCAAGCAGGACUCUUCAAUUGAAAAUGAGGACAAGUACGAGGUCACGGUCUCAGAGGACAAACUAAUUCACACAUUGAGGGUCAAAAACUGUGGAAUGGCCGAUAAUGGAACAUUUUACGCCAUUGCUGGGAUAACUUCCAGCAGUGCUUCCCUCACAGUAGAAGCUGACCCAAAUGGAAGUAAAGGUCGUAAAGGCACCCAAACCGGGGAUCAGGAUGAACUGACUAAACUAGCAUUGGAACAGAAAGCCAAGCUAGAAAAAGACAAAGACGAUUUAGAAGCAUCCGGAAAAGCACAGGCUGGAAAGGGAGAUGGAGGAGAUGGCGGAGAUGGCUCUGGUGAUGGGACCAAGCUGGAGAAGAACCUGACAGAUGGAGAUGAUGCAGAUGACAAGAAAAAGAAGCGAUUGCGAACAGGCCCCUUGGUUCCUGACACUGUUAUAGAUCCUGGUGUUCGGUUUGUGAGUGGGCUGUCAGAUACUAUGGCUAAUACUGGUGAAAGGACGGAGCUGUCUUGCAAACUAAGUAGUGAGACCUCUGAGGGCCGUUGGUAUAAAAAUGGGAAGCUGCUCACUAAUGAGGAUGGAGUAACAAUUAUCAAAGACGGCGCCUGUCACAAGUUAAUAAUUGAUUGCUGUAACAAAGACGAUGCAGCUGUGUAUCGCUUUGAAGCUGAAGGCCGUAAAUCAGAAGCAACACUUAAUAUUCAAGACCCACCAAAAUUUGAUGCUGAUGCACUCGGAGAAUUUACAAAGCCAGUCAUUGUAAGGGUGGGUGAAAAUGCAGAAUGGAAGCUGCCAUUCUCAGGUGGGGCACCGAUGAAUAUACAGUGGUAUAAGGAUGAUGAUGAACUUUUGCCUGCCCUGAAUGUGAAGAUCGAAACAUCAGCUACUAAUAGCCAACUACGCCUUACUAAGUGCCAAAGGAAAGACUGUGGAGAGGUUAAAAUCAAAAUCAAAAAUGAAUUUGGUACACUAGAGGCAAUUUCUAAACUCAUUGUUCUAGACAAACCAACACCACCUCAAGGACCUGUAGACAUCAUGGAGAGUGCUGUUACAUCUGUUGAAUACAAGUGGAAGCCACCCAAAGAUAAUGGUGGAUGCCCAGUCACAAACUAUAUCAUAGAACGGCAACAGGUAGGGCGCAAUAAAUGGUCAAAUCUUGGUGAGAUUCCUGGGAGCAACCCAAGUUACAAAGAUACAGAUGUGACCCCAGGAAGGAGAUACUGCUAUCGGAUCAAAGCCAAAAAUGCAGAAGGCAUCAGCAAUUACCUGCAAACAGAGGACAUACCAGCUGGAGUAUUACGAUAUCCUGGGACACCAACAGCACCAAAAGUGGUCAGUGCCUUCAAAGACUGCAUUAAUCUGUCUUGGAGUCCUCCAUGUGACACUGGAGGAACCAAAAUAGUUGGUUACAAUCUGGAAAAAAACAAGAAGGGCACCAAUUACUGGAGUCUUGUAAAUCAAGGAGGGCCUAUCACAGAUACAAAGUAUGCAGUGAAAGAUGUUUUUGAAGGAGCUGCAUAUGAAUUUAGGGUGGCUGCUAUAAAUCUAUCUGGUGCUGGAGAGCCUAGUAUUCCAUGUGACACAGUAAUCGCCAGAGAUCCAAUGAAACCCCCAGGCAAAGUGACAGACCUGAAGUUGACAUCCUCAAAUUAUACCACCCUUUCACUGGCUUGGAUUAAACCUAAAGAAAUGAAAGGGGUAGAGGAUGAAGCCCAAGGGUACUACGUGGAGAUCAGACCAAUAGAAAACCUUGAAUGGAUUCGCUGUAAUGCCAAUCCAAUUACUCUUACUUCCUACACCGUGCUUGGCUUGAAAGCAAUGGCCGCAUACUGGGUGAGAGUAAUUGCAACCAAUUAUGGAGGUGAUGGAGAACCACAGGGCUUUGACAAUUACCUCAUUGCCAUGCCUCCUCCUGUAAGGCCAAAGUUCAAAGAUCGCAACAUGAAGACCUUUGUGGUGAUACAAUCUGGAAACACAGUCCGCAUAAACAUCAACUUUGAGGCAUCCCCCCUUCCAGAAAUCUUUUGGCUAAAAGAUGGUGUUCCAGUGGCCAAACAUGUAACAGUUACCAACUCUGAUAAGGGCUCUCAACUGUUAAUCCCCACAUCGGAGCGGUCUGACACUGGCAUCUACACCAUAACUGUCAAGAACAUUGUCGGCCAGGAGAGCUUCAAUGUUGAAAUCAGAGUCACAGAUGAUCCCAAGCCCCCAGGUCCUGUGGAGCUGGAUCAGAACAUCCCAGGAACAGUGACUCUGACCUGGACCCCUUCUCCAGAUGAGAAGAGGGAUGACAGACUACACUACAUGGUAGCAAAGCGUGACUCCUUCAAACGCACUUGGAGGACAGCGGCAGACAACCUUUUUAAUAACAAGUUCACAGUUGUGAACAUCAUGCCUGGACGAGAGUACAACUUCAGGGUGUUUGCCAAAAAUGAUAUGGGUCUUUCUCCCCCUUCUGAAUCCCCUGUAUUUGAAACCAAAAAGGAAAAAGGUGGAACAGUAAUGAGAUGCAAAAGUAUUGAUGUAAAAUGUAAUGUUUUAUGAUGCUUCUGUAUCAUUUAAUGGCAACUUUCAGAAAAGGAAUCAAGCUUUGCAUAUUUGACCGUUGCUAUGAUGAUUAGGAUUCCACUCACAGUUUUACUUACACAAGUCUUAUGCUAGCAAGCUUCUAAAACAAUCUAAUUAACAUUGCACCCACAACAGUGAGACUACUUACAAUGAUACGAAUAAAUUACAAAUUUACUUAAAAUAAUAGUUAUGACAAAAUACAUUUAUGACGCUCAGUCAUAACAUAAUAUAUUACAGCUUGCAACAUGAAAACCAGUACUUUGCAUUACUCCAGAGCUACCUUUGUUGAGCUCAAUGGUAAGGUAUUAAGUUGUUGUCACUAUUCUUUUAUCUGCAUUGCCCUAGUUUGAAUAGGAAAUAACCUCCCAAGAGAAUUAGAGACAUUAACCAUUAUUCACGGUUUAACAAGAACUAGCUAGAAAGGGGGCACCGGUGACCUAGUGUUAGGUCGCGCCCCAUGUACUGAUACUACAGUCCUCCGAGCAGGCUCGGGUUCAAUUCUGACCUGUGACUCUUUCCUGCAUGUCAUUGCGCACUCUCUCUCUUUCCCUGAUUUCUAUCCACUUUCUCAUCACAUAAAAGCAGAAAAGUCCAAAAAGAUUUAAUAAAUAAAAAAUCUUAAGAGCUAGAAAGCGCUUGAUUCUAGAAAUGGCUAAUAAACAGACAUACUUACCAAAAUGUUGGAUAAAAGAUGUGAGUAGAAGGAAGUAGAUGACCAACGCUUUGGAGAUAUUCCACCCCAAACGAAUAAUUCUCGCUAUCAUUGUAGAUUUUCAAAACACUUCCUUGUUUUGCCA